UCCAAGUACUUGGUCUAGGGCCUAUUUUGAUCCCCUUAGCUGUUGUGAGCAUAUGAAUAACAAUUUCUCUGAAUCUUUUAAUUCCAUGGCUUCUAAUAUGAGAGAUAAACCUAUAAUCCAACUAGGCAUGAUGUAUGGUCAGUUAGUCAUGGGUUUGUUAUUUAAGAGAAGGGAAGAAUCUGCUAAGUGGAAUGAAAAUGGUUUGGUCCCUGCUGCUGUUAAAUUGAUAAAUAAGAUGCUUGACUUGGUUGGAAAGUUUGAUACAGAAGGCAGUGUGGUUGGACAAGGUUAUUUGGUAACUAAUGUGAUCACCAAGAAAAUAUUCACAGUGAAUAUUAUAGACAAACAAUGCACUUGUUUGCAAUGGCAGCUAAGGGGAUUCCCUUGUCAACAUGUUGUAUGUGCAUUGAAACUGCUGAGGCCAAACUGGAAAGAGCAACCAUGAACGUCAACGUAAACCCUCCUCCUUAUCAGAGAAAAACUGGAAGACCAGCAAAGAAGAGGAAGAGAAGUUAUGAUGAACCUGAAACUGUGGUGAAGAAAAGGAAGUGUGGAAAAUGUGGAUCU